AUGAACUUCCUUCCAUAUUUCUCCAUUGAGACCUGGGGUCUUCUGAUCACCCUCCUCGCUCUCCUGAUACUAUAUGGGAUCUGGCCAUAUGGUAUAUUUAAGAAACUGGGUAUUCCUGGGCCAACACCCCUGCCUUUCUUUGGGACCACCUUGGAGUAUCGCAACGGUAUGGUGGACUUUGACAAAAUCUGCUUUCAGAAAUAUGGGAAAAUCUGGGGGCUUUACGAUGGCAGACAGCCUGUGCUGGCCAUCCUGGAUUCUACACUCAUUAAAACUGUGCUGGUGAAAGAGUGCUACACCACCUUUACCAACCGACGGAGUUUUGGUCCAACAGGAGUGCUGAAGUCGGCUAUCUCCAUCGCUGAGGAUGAGCAGUGGAAGAGGAUUCGCACUGUGCUCUCUCCAACCUUCACCAGUGGGAAGCUAAAGGAGAUGUUUCCCAUCAUGAUGCAUUAUGGGAAGGUUUUGGUGAGAAAUGUUCAGAAGCAAGUGGAAAAGGAUGAACCCAUAGCUGUUAAAGAUGUGUUUGGUGCCUACAGCAUGGAUGUUAUCACUAGCACUUCGUUUGGUGUGAAUAUUGACUCCAUGAACAACCCCCAAGACCCAUUUGUGAAGGAGGCUAAGAAACUAGUGAAGUUUGACGUCUUUUCCCCGCUCUUUCUUUUGAUAUCUGUAUUUCCAUUCCUUACUCCUCUUCUUAGUAUGCUGAAUGUGAACAUUUUCCCAAGUGAUGCCCUGGAAUUCUUCACACGGUCAGUCAUCAAAAUAAAGGAAAAGCGCAAGAGAGACACUCCCACGGACCGAGUGGAUUUCCUGCAGCUGAUGAUUGACUCCCAGAAUUUAAACACCAGUCACGAGAUCCUGACUGAUACUGAGAUUCUGGCACAAGCAAUUAUCUUUAUUUUUGCUGGCUAUGAGACCACCAGCUCCAUUCUUGGCUACAUAGUUUACAGUCUAGCUACUCACCCCGAUGUACAGCAGAAGCUUCAGGAGGAGAUUGACUCUGUUCUUCCCAACCAGGCGCCUCUCACUUAUGAUGCCCUGAUGCAGAUGGAGUAUGUUGACAUGACAGUGGGUGAAACCCUCAGGCUCUUUCCUUUCGGAGGGCGAAUUGAAAGGGUCUGCAAGAAAGACGUAGAGAUAAAUGGAGUGAGCAUUCCCAAAGGCACUGUGGUUAUGAUCCCACCCUACCUUCUGCAUCGUAUCCCAGAAUACUGGCCAGAACCAGAGGAGUUCAGACCGGAAAGGUUCAGUAAAGAGAACAAAGAGACUAUGGAUCCUUAUACGUACCUGCCUUUUGGAGCUGGACCCAGAAACUGCAUUGGAAUGAGGUUUGCUCUCCUCUCUAUAAAAGUUGCUAUCGCCAGUCUGCUGCAGAAUUUCACCUUCAGACCCUGCAAAGAAACUCCGAUACCUCUCAAACUGAGUUCAAAAGGAUUCAUAACUCCAGUGGAACCUAUCAUUCUGAAGUUGGUCCCCAGAACCACAGUAUCGAAGGAGUAA